AUGAACAAUUUACAUUUUCACUGGCAAAUUGCAUGGCUGUGCUGGCAAAUUGCUGCACUCAGUGUCUUUGCUAGUGCGAGGGAUGCGAAGGAUCCUGGAGCACGACACCCGUUCUUGCUUUUCUCCGGCAAAGAUGUGGAAGGGUUGCGAAACGAGGCGGAUUCUCGGCGCAAGGUCACGGCGUCGCGGUUACGCGAAGCUGUGAAGACAAUGCUGGCAAGACCUGCUGACUAUCUGCCACCGAAGCUACCUGAAGACUAUGGGAAGAGUUGGAACGAAGUAUACGGGAAUAAUCUCGUUCCGCUGGCAAUGCACUGCGUACUAUGGCCCGAUAAAGCAGCAAUGGACCUGUUAUUGGUGUAUGCAGACCGUAUGGCCGCGGCCAACAGCUGGUUUAUCAAGCCAUUGCCGCGUGAUGAAGUACCCGUAUCCCAUUCCCUGAUCGGCUUUUCCACCAUGUUCGACUUGGUGCACAGUGAGCUAAGUGAGGUGAGGAAGAAACGCUACCUGGCUGUGAUUGCCCACUAUGGAAGCCAACUGUACGCGCGCUCCGUGUCCGAAAACGUGCACUGGUCGUUCACGGUGGUUCACAACCACACGCCAACUAUCCUCCUUGCCAUGACAAUGUCGGCGAUGGUGGCUGAGAAGCACGGUGUGAGGGAAGCGCCGCGCUGGCGUCACCGAGCCACCGAGCUCUACUUUCAGAACAUGCAGGUGCUGGCGUUGGUCGUGGACGGCUCGUUGAACGAGGCGGUGACCUACGGUAGCUACACAUCCUGGUCGGUGACGCAGCUUGCCUUCCUGCUCAGGCGGCGCGUCCAUCUGGACACUCUGAGCAACCCGUGGUUUGCUAAGCAUCUGGACUUCUUGCGCUUCACCAUCCUGCCCGGCUUUCGAGAAACGCUAGGCAUCGGCGACUCGUCGACGACCUGGUUUUUCGGUCCCGAGAGCCAGCUCCACUUCCUGGACCGCUUUGUGCUGAGGACCGGUGAAGCAAACUGGCUGGCGUCGCGCGUACGCGAGAAGCGCGAGAACAAGGGUCGUCUUGUGCAGGCUAAGGCACACCGCUGGACCAGUCUGCACACGGAGCUAGUGUGGAGUGACCCGAUGCUGGGUGAGACGCCGCUGAGCACCACACCGGAACUGCACGUGUUCAGCGACUGGGGAGUGGCCGUGUACGGCGGUGGCACUCGCGACGGCCAGACCUUUGUGUCGCUCAAGUGCAGCGUGCCCAACGGCCGCGCCCAGUACCGACUGGCGCAAGAGAACUCCUGGCCGUUCAUCAAGGGAUUCCGCUCGUUCAAUCCCGGACACGAGCACCCGGAUCAGGGAUCGUUCAUCUUCUACCCCAACGGGAGGCCGUUCAUCACGGAUGCACUCUACGGUCCGAAACUGGCGCAUCUGAACAACGUACUAGCGUUCUCUCCGUCGUCUGGUAAGCUGGACUGCACAUACCCACUGCAGGGCCAGCUAGGUUCAAAUUGCGACAAAUGGUUUGACUACCGUGACCCAGAGACGUUCAAAAUGCAAGCCGACAUCGUGAGUGCGGCGCAGGACCACGGCAUGGUGAUGAUGCUGGGCGAGUAUUCGGGUAGCUACACGCCAGCGCUUGGUCUGCGCAGCGUGCAGCGCGCCACCCUCCUGCUUUCACCCGGCGUCCUGCUGGUCCUGGAUACGGUCAAGCUGAAGCAGACGUCGUCCGUGCAGCACGCGCACGCCUUCUUCCACAACAACCAGCACCCGUUUAGCCUGGCCGCGGACGGACAAGCGGCGUACGUCUUGGUGGACGGGCACCGCCACACGGUGACCUGGAACGCUAGUCACGGUGGCCAGGUGAAAGCCAGCGUCAGUAACUCCACGUUCCCGGCAGAGUAUCGCACGCGUACCACUCACUUUGUCAACGCCACGUUCCCGGUGAGCGAGCAGUCUGCGCGCCACGUGGCCUGGCUGUUCACCGCUGACGGGAAUUCCGUAUCGCGGCCCGUCUUCACGAGUAUGCGUGAUGACUCUGUGUUCGUCAGGGUUCGUGUGAACGGUGUCCAGUACCACGUUGGUAUGGCCACGCGCCUAGCCAGUGCUAAGAGUCGCGUCAAGGAGCUCGGCUCUCCGGCUAUGCUCAGCGUCGACGUCAACGGAUCUCGUGUUCACUUUGGCGCCCGGCAUCGCGAGCGUGACGACGGUGGAGAGGGCCAUCGCCGGUCUAGUGCAGCGUCGUCGCACGGUCUUCUCCAGGACUGGCUCAUGUACGGACUGCCGCUUGUGCUCGUAUGUCUUCUGCUGUGGCGGCGGCCAUACUCCAGCCGGAGCUGGACGUCGCAGGUUGUCAAGCUUGCCACUGGCUUCUGGCUGCUGAUCGUGGCGUGGCACGUGUACAGUUUGUUGUUUCUUCCAGGAGCACGGCCACUUCUGAACGCGCACAACAUUGAGCCGGGUCUCAUUGACGAUCGGCAAGGAAUGCCGGAAAUCCUGGUCACUGCCUUGCCCGGCUCUGGCAUAGAGAUUGUCCAGGAUCUGCUCCACUCUGACGUGGACAUCCGCAACUUGAGCAUGGCGGCACUGCCGGCCGCAUCGCGUGAAGCCGAGCAUGCGCUGCUGUCUUCAAGCACCCGGGAUCUAGUGCUGUGUCCUCCCCCAUCGUCUCCUUCUCCUGCAAUGUCUCUUCUCGGGGCCUUGAGCGGCGGGACGAGCAGAUCUGCUAAUUCGCAGUCGGUGGAUGUACUGGUACAGUGGUUGAAGGCCAUCCUGUCUGACCCCGAUGUCUACCUGCGCAGCGUUGUCCAGCAGGACAGCAGUGCUGAUGCCAAUGAACUACUUGCAGCACAGCUCGAGCAGCGGCCAGACUCGAGCACAGCACUUUUCGACGGCUCCGGCAGCUGGAACUCACACGGCCGCUUCGUGGGCCAGCUGCUCGGCGAUGCGGGCCGUGUUGUGUUAGUGGUGCGUGACCCUCGCUCCUGGGUAGCUGACCACGCAGCCAAGUGCGAUAGGAAGUGUGCAUACGUCGAGCGUCUCUACCAAGGCCUGAGUGGUCUUGCUGACGGCAAUGAUGAGGACAGCAAGCUAGGUUGUGAAAUGCCCAAGGAGUACACGUCACUGGUGCAGGAGAUGAAACGCGGAAAACCUGCCAUUCUCCGGUCGCCUCAUCGCUUUCUUGCGUUGCUCUGGGCCGUCAAUGUGCGCCUGUCAAUGUCCCCUGAACUCGUGGACAACCCGGAGCGUAACCAUCUUGUUCUGCCGAUUGAAUUGCUCUUGAGUGAGCCGGAACGGACGGCUGAGCAGCUAUUCCGCUGGCUUGGCCUGCCGCUGCGGCCGGUCUCGUUGCACCGUCUGCUGAGCGUCGUCAACACGGGCAUGUUCUCCGUGCCGCCGUACGCACCGUUCAAGAAGGGCGCGUUCCUCAAGUCCUGGGACGGCCUGACCAAGCAGCAAGUUCACGAGAUCGAGAAGCUGACUCUCGACACGCGGCGUCUGAUCCGUACGUUUGAGGGUCAUGUCUACAUGUCCAGUGAACCGUCUUAG